AUGGUUACUACUACUCCUACAAAACACCCUUCUUCAAAUGUUAUGUCUCUCCCUUUUCCAUCUCCUAAACCUCCUCCAGACUACCCUGAUUUGUAUGGAAAGCGCCGCGAAAUGGCUAGAGUUCAAAUGCUUGAAAGAGAGAUUAGUUUUCUCGAGGAAGAGUUAAAAUCUUCUGAAGGUUUUCAACCAUCUUCAAAAUGCUGCAAAGAGAUUGCUGAUUUUGUGACAGCAAAUUCAGAUCCUCUGUUACCAAUGAGGAAGAAGAACCGCAAGUCGUGUUGCUUACGGAAGUGGCUUCGUCGGAUGCGGUGUUUGAAUUUGUCAUGGAUCUGUUGCUGGUGUUGCGAUUGCUUCUCCGGUUUUUGCAACCGCAAACAAAACAAUUGCAAAUGUAAUAGUUGUCGUCCGUCAAUCAAUUGCUCCGUAACGAAUUGGUGUUAUUGCUGUGAUAAAAAAUCACAUUGUUGUAAAGAUUUUUGUGGUUGCAACAACUGUUGUUGUAUUCUACCAGGUUGCAACUUUAGGUGGCCUUUUUCUUCUUGCUGUGUUUGCAAAUGUUCAUGCUCUUGCACUUGUCCUAGUUUUCCAAAAUUUCCAUCAUGUUGCUGUUGUACAAAAUGUUAA